AUGCCUUCCACGCCAAAUCUGAUAAAAAUCAUCACAGGCAACUCUCACAGAGCUCUUGCUGAGAAGGUUGCCGCCAAGCUAGGCAUGAAGGUCUCCAAAGUGGGGGCCUUUCAGUUUUCCAAUAAGGAAACCGCUGUGGCCGUGGGUGAAUCAAUGAGAGAUGAGGACGUCUAUAUCAUUCAGACCGGUUACGGCGAGACCAAGAUUAAUGACUAUUUGAUGGAGCUUCUCUUCCUCAUCAAUGCUUGUCGUGUGGGAGGAGCCAGAAGAAUCACGGCUGUCAUCCCCAAUUUCUUCUAUGCUAGACAAGAUAAGAAAGACAAGUCUAGAGCGCCUAUCACGGCAAAGUUGAUCGCCAACUUGUUACAAACGGCGGGCUGCCAUCACGUCAUUACUCUCGAUUUGCACGCUUCACAAAUUCAGGGUUUCUUCAGAGCUCCAGUGGACAAUUUGUACGCUGAACCAUCCACAUUGAGGUUCAUCAAGGAACACUAUAAUCCCGAGGACUUGACCAUUGUUUCACCCGACGCAGGUGGAGCCAAAAGAGUUGCAUCCAUUGCCGACAAGCUAGAUACUCCAUUUGCUUUGAUCCACAAGGAGAGGCAAAAGGCGAAUGAGGUUUCCAAGAUGGUCCUUGUCGGUGAUGUUGACAAGAAGACUUGUAUCCUUAUCGAUGAUAUCGCUGACACCUGCGGCACGCUUUGCAAAGCAGCUGAAGUGCUUUUGGAAAAUGGAGCCAAUAAGGUGAUCGCUAUGGUUACUCAUGGUAUCUUCUCUAAGAACGCAAUUGAGAAACUCAACAACUCCAAGCUAGACAAGAUCAUAUGCACAAACUCCUUGCCUUUAGAAGACAAGUUGGAGAGAUGCUCCAGAAUUGAAAUAUUAGACAUCAGCCCCACUAUUGCAGAGGCUAUCAGAAGAUUGCACAACGGUGAGAGUGUGUCCUACUUGUUCAACCACGUCCCCGAAUAG